CCUGGGGGGCUGGAGGGGCUGUGGUGGGCUGGGGGGACGGGGCUGGAGGGAGCUGAUACACUGAUGCUGGCCUUCCAUGGAGGACCACUGGCCGCACUGAGGUUCAGACUGGGUGCUCUGUCAGGGGGUCAGCUGGGUCCAGGAGAGCUGUUGCAACAGAGGUUACGCUGUGGCCAGGUGGACCAGGCUCUAGGAAUUCUGGGAGCCAUGGAGUGGAGCACUAUGGGAACGGAGUGUUACCGGGCACUGACCUCUGUCACAGACUACCUGCUGAGGCUAGAGCUGGACCAGACCAGAGAGGCCCAGUUGGAGGCAGCUCUGGGUGUGUUCUACGCUCCGCCCCGCCCCCUCUCUGACUCGGUGGUUCUAGAAUACAGAGGGCCAAUCAGCAAGUACGCCCGACGCUUCUUUCACCACCUACUCAGACACCAGCGCUUUGAGAAGGCCUUCCUGCUGGCGGUUGACAUUGGAGCUAGAGACCUGUUUAUGGAUCUCCAUUACUGUGGCGUGUGAUAAGGGAGAGGUGUUCUGGCAGAAGUGGCCCGGAGGAAGGCUAAUGAAUCCAUGCUGAAGAAGGAGUUAACGACCACGUUGGGAAACCACGCAGAGCAGGACCGACCAACAGGAGCUGGCCACUGGAGGAGAGAAACACCGGGACCCUGAGCACUGAUCAGGCAUGACCAUGGAGACAAA